CGAGCUGGUGACUGGGAUUCGCGCGCCGCUUCCCGCGGUCUGCUUGCCCUGGGGCAGAGCGUGGAAACCCGGCUUCUUGCGGCUCCGAGGAGCUUCCCCUUGCGACUCCCGCGAGGAGACGAGUCUGCGCAGCGGGGUGGCCGCCGCCUCCCGACCCUCCGCGCACUGCCCCCCGGCGCCGGCCGCUCAGCCCAGCCCCAUUCGGCCGGCCGAGGCUAUGGACAUGGAGGAUGACCCCUUGCUGCAGGAUGUGUGGCUAGAGGGGCAGGAGGAAGAAGAAGCAACGGGUGAAGCCUUUCCAGGGGCCCAGAAGCCAGGGCCCCAACUUGGGGCAGGAGGGCAGUGUUGCUGGCGGCACUGGCCCCUGCCUUCCCGGCCCCCAGCCUCAGGCUUCUGGAGUACCCUGGGCUGGGCCUUCACCAAUCCCUGCUGUGCUGGGCUGGUACUCUUCCUGGGCUGCAGCAUUCCCAUGGCCCUGUCAGCCUUCAUGUUCCUUUACUACCCACCGCUGGACAUUGACAUCUCCUACAACGCCUUUGAAAUCCGCAACCAUGAGGCUUCGCAGCGUUUUGACGCCCUCACCCUGGCGCUCAAGUCCCAGUUUGGAUCCUGGGGGCGGAACCGGCGUGACUUAGCCGACUUCACCUCCGAGACGCUUCAGCGCCUUAUCUCAGAGCAGCUGCAGCAGCUGCAUCUCGGCAACCGCUCGCGGCAAACCUCCCGAGCCCCGCGUGUCAUCCCUGCGGCCUCACUCCGCGGCCCAGGCCUGUCCCGGGACACUUCAACGGCCCAAAAGCCCACAGCCAAUCGGAGCGGGCGACUUCGGCGUGAGAUUCCGCCCCUGGAGGAUCUGGCAGCCAACCAGAGUGAAGACCCGCGAAACCAGCGGCUGAGCAAGAAUGGGUGGCACCCGCCCAGCAUCCCGCCCCCCGCGGCAGCUGCGGCCAAUCAGAGCCGUGCCCGCCGAGGCGCCUCCCGCUGGGACUACUCGCAUGCGUAUGUGAGUGCUAACACCCAGACGCACGCGCACUGGCGCAUCGAGCUCAUCUUCCUGGCGCGCGGCGACGCGGAGCGCAACAUUUUUACCAGUGAGCGGCUGGUCACGAUCCAUGAGAUCGAGCGCAAGAUCAUGGACCACCCAGGCUUCCGGGAGUUCUGCUGGAAGCCCCACGAGGUGCUCAAGGACCUGCCGCUGGGUUCCUACUCCUACUGCUCGCCUCCCAGCUCGCUCAUGACGUACUUUUUUCCCACCGAGAGGGGAGGCAAGAUCUACUACGACGGCAUGGGCCAGGACCUGGCGGACAUCCGGGGCUCCCUGGAGCUGGCCAUGACUCACCCUGAGUUCUACUGGUAUGUGGAUGAGGGCCUCUCUGCAGACAAUCUGAAGAGCUCUCUCCUGCGCAGUGAGAUCCUGUUUGGAGCACCCCUGCCCAACUACUACUCAGUGGAUGACCGCUGGGAGGAACAACGGGCUAAGUUUCAGAGCUUCGUGGUCACCUACGUGGCCAUGCUGGCCAAGCAGUCUACCAGCAAAGUCCAGGUUCUCUAUGGGGGGACAGACCUGUUUGACUAUGAAGUGCGCAGGACGUUCAACAAUGACAUGCUCCUGGCCUUCAUCAGCAGCAGCUGCAUCGCUGCCCUGGUCUACGUCCUCACCUCCUGCUCAGUGUUCCUGUCCUUCUUCGGGAUUGCCAGCAUUGGUCUCAGCUGCCUGGUGGCCCUCUUCCUGUACCACGUGGUCUUUGGUAUCCAGUACUUGGGCAUCCUGAAUGGGGUGGCCGCCUUCGUGAUCGUGGGCAUUGGUGUGGACGACGUCUUUGUGUUCAUCAACACCUACCGCCAGGCCACCCACCUGGAAGACCCACAGCUGCGCAUGAUCCACACCGUCCAAACUGCAGGCAAGGCCACCUUCUUCACCUCCCUGACCACGGCAGCCGCCUACGCAGCUAACGUCUUCUCCCAGAUCCCAGCCGUCCACGACUUUGGCCUGUUCAUGUCUCUCAUCGUGUCCUGCUGCUGGCUGGCCGUGCUUGUCACCAUGCCUGCAGCCCUGGGCCUCUGGAGCCUCUACCUGGCACCGCUGGAGAGCUCCUGCCAGACCAACUGCCACCAGAAUUGCGGCCGCAAGAGCUCCCUGCACUUCCCCGGAGACGUGUUUGCCGCUCCCGAGCAGGUUGGAGGCAGCCCCGCCCAGGGUCCCAUACCCUACCUGGACGAUGACAUCCCCUUGCUGGAGGUCGAGGAAGAGCCAGUGUCACUGGAGCUGGGAGACGUGUCCCUGGUGUCUGUGUCCCCCGAGGGUCUGCAGCCAGCCUCCAACACGGGCAGCCGCGGCCAGCUCAUUGUGCAGCUGCAGGAGCUGCUGCACCACUGGGUCCUGUGGUCAGCUGUCAAGAGCCGCUGGGUGAUUGUGGGGCUGUUCGUCUCCAUCCUCAUCCUGUCCCUGGUGUUCGCCAGCCGGCUCCGCCCCGCCAGUCGGGCCCCGCUCCUUUUCCGGCCUGAUACCAACAUCCAGGUGCUGCUGGACCUCAAGUAUAACCUGAGCGCCGAGGGCAUCUCCUGCAUCACCUGUUCAGCCAAAUGUGUGAUAAUCCACUGCAGCUCCGAGAGGCACCGGAAGAGCCCCUCGCACCUCGGAGCCAGCCCCGGCCACGUCCCCAGCUCCUCUCCCCAACUGCCAGGACGUGGCAUUGCUCCUGAUCAUCACCGCCACCACAGGCCUCCGGCCUGCCCAAAGGGCCUGCUUCCCUUCCACAGAUGGACAAACCCCAAAGCUCCCGUGUAUAGAGCGCCUUUUGGUAACUUCACCAAGAAGCUGACCGCUUGUAUGUCUACAGUAGGGCUGCUCCAGGCGGCGAGCCCCUCCCGCAAGUGGAUGCUGACGACCUUGGCCUGUGAUGCCAAGCGGGGCUGGAAGUUUGACUUCAGCUUCUACGUGGCCACCAAGGAGCAGCAGCACACCCGGAAGCUGUACUUCGCCCAGUCCCACAAGCCCCCCUUCCACGGGCGCGUGUGCAUGGCACCCCCUGGCUGCCUGCUCAGCUCCAGCCCCGAUGGGCCUACCAAAGGCUUCUUCUUCGUGCCUAGUGAGAAAGUGCCCAAGGCCCGUCUCUCGGCCACCUUCGGCUUCAACCCCUGCGUGAACACAGGCUGCGGGAAGCCAGCGGUGCGGCCACUGGUGGAUACUGGGGCCAUGGUCUUCGUGGUCUUUGGCAUUAUUGGCGUCAACCGCACUCGGCAGGUGGACAACCACGUCAUUGGAGACCCGGGCAGCGUUGUCUACGACAGCAGCUUUGACCUCUUCAAGGAAAUUGGACACCUGUGUCGCCUCUGCAAGGCCAUCGCAGCCAACUCCGAGCUGGUGAAGCCAGGCGGGGCCCAGUGCCUGCCUUCAGGCUACAGCAUCUCCUCCUUCCUGCAGAUGUUGCACCCUGAGUGCAAGGAGCUGCCGGAGCCCAACCUGCUCCCGGGGCAGCUGUCCCACGGGGCUGUGGGCGUCAGGGAGGGCCGCGUGCAGUGGAUCUCCAUGGCUUUUGAGUCGACCACGUACAAGGGCAAAUCCUCCUUCCAGACCUACUCAGACUACCUGCGCUGGGAGAGCUUCCUCCAGCAGCAGCUGCAGGCCUUCCCUGAGGGCUCAGCCCUGCGCCGGGGCUUCCAGACCUGCGAGCACUGGAAGCAGAUCUUCAUGGAAAUCGUAGGGGUGCAGAGCGCCCUGUGCGGCCUGGUGCUAUCCCUGCUCAUCUGCGUGGCCGCGGUGGCCGUGUUCACCACCCACAUCCUGCUCCUGCUGCCCGUGCUCCUCAGCAUCUUGGGCAUCGUAUGCCUGGUGGUGACCAUCAUGUACUGGAGUGGCUGGGAGAUGGGCGCCGUGGAAGCCAUCUCGCUGUCCAUCCUCGUUGGCUCCUCCGUGGACUAUUGCGUCCACCUGGUGGAGGGCUACCUGCUGGCUGGAGAGAACCUGCCCCCGCACCAGGCCGAGGACGCCCGAACGCAGCGCCAGUGGCGUACGCUGGAGGCCGUGCGGCACGUGGGCGUGGCCAUCGUCUCCAGUGCCCUCACCACGGUCAUCGCCACAGUGCCCCUCUUCUUCUGCAUCAUCGCCCCGUUUGCCAAGUUCGGCAAGAUCGUGGCACUCAACACGGGUGUGUCCAUCCUCUACACACUGACCGUCAGCACCGCCCUGCUGGGCAUCAUGGCGCCCGGCUCCUUCACCCGGACCCGGACUUCCUUCCUCAAGGCCCUGGGGGCCGUGCUGCUGGCGGGGGCCCUGGGGCUGGGUGCCUGCCUCGUGCUCCUGCGAAGCGGCUACAAGAUUCCCCUGCCUGCAGGGGCCUCCCUAUAGCCCAGGCCGGGCUCUGGACACUUGCACCUUUGGUCCCGUGGGUGGGGGACAGGAACUGCUUCCCAGCUCGGCUCCAGCUAGCUGUGUCCCCAGGCCUGGGCC